AUGAAAUUAUACUUAAGUCCGGCUGAACUCAUUUGCCAAGCCUUCAACCCUUUAGAUGCUCAAUACAUUCUCAAUAUUCUUUUUAAUCAAUUGGGUAGCAGAGAUAGGUUCAUCUGGCAUUGGGAUUCUAAAGGUACUUUUUCAGUGAGAGAUGCCUAUAGGAUUGUGCUGGCUAAUUUUAAAUCUUCUCAUAAUAAUCCCGAAUUUAGCUCUUACCCAGAUAAUUUGAGCAGAAUGUGGAGAAUAUCUUUACAGGUGAAAUCUAAAGUGAAGAACUUUUUAUGGAGGUGUUGGCACAGCUAUCUAGGGACUAAAGUUGAUCUGGCUUCCAGAGGCAUGCUGCUUGAUCCAAAAUGUGACAUCUGUGGAGAAGCAGAUGAAGACUUUGGCUCAUAUUUUAUUUCAUUGUCCAAGGGCUGUCAACUGCUGGAAAUUUGCAGGUCUCCAGUGGAAUGCACUUCAUAA